AACAAUACAUAUAAAUUCUUGAUCUUCUUUGAACCACAAAGAAAGAAAAAAAAAAUUAUGUCUCACAUAGCUGUUGAAAGAAACAGAAGAAGACAGAUGAAUGAUCAUCUUAAAGUCUUACGUUCCUUAACACCUUGUUUCUAUAUCAAACGGGGGGACCAAGCAUCCAUAAUCGGCGGUGUAAUAGAAUUUAUUAAAGAGCUGCACCAAGUUCUGCAAGCUCUCGAGUCCAAGAAAAGAAGGAAGAGUUUAAGCCCUAGUCCUGGUCCUAGCCCUAGCCCUAGACCACUGCAGCUAAUAACUCUUCAACCCGAUCACCAGAACAACUCUCACGGCCAAGAAAAUGCGGUAAAAGAACUGACCGCUUGCUGCAACUCUUCAGUUGCAGAUGUGGAAGCAAAAUUAUCGGGAUCAAAUGUGAUCUUGAAAGUAGUUUCAAAGAGAAUAGCGGGUCAAAUUGUGAAGAUAAUCAAUGUUUUGGAAAGACUUUGCUUUGAAGUUCUUCAUCUCAAUAUCAGUAGCAUGGAUGAUACUGUUCUCUACUCCUUUGUCGUUAAGAUAGGGCUGGAAUGUCAGCUAAGUGUGGAGGAAUUGGCACUUGAAGUUCAACAGAGUUUCUUAAUAAUUUCCUGAAACAUUUUAUACAAAUAAAACUUAGUUUUGUGUUUAAUUAAGAUCACUGCAGAAAGAAAAUGAUCAUGUAGUUUAAAGAUACAUAUGCAAAACAAAGAAACAAAAUGUACGUGAUUCGUCAUUUUCUUGAGCAUAAAAUAAUAGGCCUUAAUGGUUGUUAUAAUUAAUAUAUGGAGAAGAACAAUCGAGAAUAUAUAAACAUUUUAAUGGAAAUUAAUUUCAAUA